CUUUCAAGUUUCAACUUUCAACUUUAAAAAAAAUAUAUAUUCGUCAAAUUGUAUUGGAAGUCAGCGCACGCUUUUCAUUGCUCUCAAAAACAGAAUUUUCGUAAUUGUGUAAUAAAGUCACAGAAAAGUUCUAAGGAAGAAACAAAAUAAAUAGCAAAUAACACAAGUGAUGUGAGGUGUCUAUAAUUUUUGUGACCGACAAGAUCCAGGGUUUAAAAAAAUCUAUAAACAGUAUUUUGUUGACGACUAUAAACACUGCUCGAAAACAAAGAACAAUAAGCAAAAUGUGGUCGCAUUUAGAACGUGGUAGUUCUCCUGUGGAUUGGUGUGAAUCCAACUAUUCUAUUUCUCCAAUGAUUGCAGAAUUCGUUAACACAAUUAGCAAUGUUCUAUUUUUCUUGUUUCCCCCGGUUUUGAUACAUCUGUUCCAAGGCUACGCUCGGUCGUUCAAUCCUGCAAUAAAUAUUCUUUGGGUAUUGCUGAUGGUGGUUGGCCUUAGUUCGGCUUAUUUUCAUGCAACACUCAGUCUAGUUGGGCAACUACUCGAUGAGUUAGCAAUACUGUGGGUCUUCAUGGCUGCUUUUGCAAUGUUCCUUCCUAAGAGAUAUUUCCCAAAGUUUUUACGAGGAAACAGGCGAGUCCUGGCGAUGUACUCCACUUUCGCUUCCAUUGUGUGUACGGGAUUGCUGGUGAUGCAUCCGAAAGCGAACGCCUUCGCCCUCAUGACUCUCGCGGUGCCCGCUAUGAGCUUCCUUUUCAUGGAGUUGAAUAGGGUAAAAUGUCCAAGAGUAUAUCGUCUGGGACUGCGCUGCGCAGCGGUCUGCUUCCUCGCAAUGUUCUGCUGGAUCAUCGAUAGAAUGUUCUGCGACGCGUGGCUAUCCAUCAACUUCCCUUACAUGCAUGGCAUAUGGCACGUCCUCAUCUUCAUAGCGAGCUACACGGCCCUGGUUCUCUUCGCAUACUUCAACGUCUCCGAUGAGAGACCGGAGCAGACUCCACAGCUGAGGUACUGGCCACGCAACGAUUUUGAACUCGGCGUUCCAUAUAUCGUCAUAAAACAUCCAUAUAAGAAGGAUGAAAAUCUGGCGAUUUAGAGCUGAGAAAGCAGUGAUUGACGAGAUACAAAUAAAUAGUAUUGAGUACAUCUUGUAGAUGCUACCGUAUAAUAAAUCGGGCGUAUAUGAAGGUUCCACACCACAAAUAAAAUUAAAAUGGGCAUCAUAAUACCAGUGUACAGUCUGUCAAG